AUGAAGUACAAUAGAAAGAACUUGAAAGAAGAGAUGAAGAACAAGAGAGAGAACUUGAAUGAAGCAAAUGCUAGACAGAGUGUGAGAAUGGUGAGCAAGCUUGUGGACUUGUAUAAGGGAAGUUCGGAAGAAUGGUCGCAGAAGGCGAUAGAGCUUGAGGGAAUCAUCAAGGCUUUAGAAAUGGAUGGAUUUGACCAGACAGUUAAUAUGAAGGUUAUCAUGGAAACUAACCGAGCUGACACUUUGGACCUUGCCCUCCUACGUCUGGGAAGACUUGAUCGUAAUAUUAAGUUCCCUUUGCCAGAUAGACGUCAGAAGAGGCUUGUCUUUCAAGUGAAUCUCAAAGAUCGUUUACUAUUUGAAGUUUGCUGGUUCUUAAAGUUUGCACUGCUAAAAAUGAAUUUGAGUGAUGAGUUAGAUUUGGAGGACUAUGUGUCUCGACCAUAUAAAUCCGUGCAGUUGAGAUCGCAGCUAUUUGCCGAGAAGCAGACUUUGGGAGCAUGGAUGACAUUUCUGAAGUCACUAGUGGAAAUGAUGCAAAUGAUUUUGAGUAAGAACUUCUGGUUUGCAGUCCAUCCGUCCGAAAUUGAGGUGAGAGUUUUUGACACAUCACAAUUAGAAGUUAUAAGAGUCAAUUCAACAAUUUGUGUUAUUGUGCUGGGUGGAUUUUAA